AUGACGUCAGACAUCGGCCUGGUGCCCAGUCCUUUCGACUGCUACCUGGCCUUCCGCGGCAUUCGUACGCUGCACCUGCGCAUGCCGCGCCACAUGAGCGGUGCCCUGCGCGUGGCGCACUUCCUGGAGAGCCACCCACACGUGGAGCGCGUGCUCUACCCCCUCGAGUCGCACCCACAGAUAAUUCUGCCACCGUCACGUGUAAGCGGUAUGCUGAGCUUCUACGUCAGGGGCGGCAAGCCCGAGACCAUGGAGUUCUUCCGCCGCCUGAAGCUGAUCGCUGCGGCCGUCAGUCUGGGCGGCUACGAGAGUCUGGCGGUGUCACCAAUUUACACCACCCACAACCAGAACCCGAAGGAGGAGCUCGACUACCUGGGCAUCACCGACAACAUGGUGCGCCUGUCCGUCGGCCUGGAGGACCCCGACGACCUGUGCGCCGACCUGGACCAGGCCCUGAAGGCUGCCUGCGGCUCCGGCUAG